AUGGAAAAUCUCGCGGAGAACGACAUGCUUGUCGACGACUAUGACUAUCCGACCGAAAAGACCGAUGUCGUCGUCGUGUCUCCCUCGGGCUCCGAGCCUGAGUCCACAACGAACGCAGAUGACCACGCCGCGAUGAUGGCCAAGAUCCUUCCCAAGAACCCGGACCUUGAAACCGAAGCCGAAACUUACAGCACAUGGCGUUUGUCAGAUUGGCGGAAGAUGGACCGCAAGUCACACGGUCCCGUCUUCAAAUGUGGUGGAUUUCCUUGGCGCAUCCUUUUUUUUCCCUACGGAAAUCACGCCGAACAUGCCUCAUUUUACUUGGAACAUGCGUGGGAAGGCGAACCUCCGGCGAACUGGUAUGCUUGCGUGCAGUUUGCCCUCGUGCUGUCGAAUGUGAACGAUCCUUCGAUCUACGUCCCACAUGUUGCAACUCACCGUUUUACCGCCGAGGAAGGAGAUUGGGGCUUCACUCGAUUCUACGAGCUCAAGGGCCUAUUCACCGAUCCUUGGGAAGGCAAGAACGUUCCGUUGGUGCAAAAUGAUGAGGCCAUUGUUACAGCCUAUGUCCGUGUGGUGAAAGAUCCCACAGGUGUCCUAUGGCACAGUUUCCAAAACUACGACUCAAAGAAGGAGACUGGUAUGGUGGGAUUGAGGAACCAAGGAGCUACCUGCUACCUCAAUUCACUUUUACAGUCCCUCUAUUUCACAAAUGCCUUCCGUAAGGCUGUAUACCAAAUACCGACUGACCAGGAAGCCUCACGCGAGAACAGUGCGUGGGCUCUUCAAAGGCUGUUCUACAACCUGCAAACAAGUGAAUCUGCUGUCUCAACGACCGAACUCACCGCAUCCUUUGGCUGGCAAUCUAGCCAGAUCUUCGAACAGCAAGAUGUACAGGAGCUUUCACGAAAGCUCAUGGAACGCUUGGAGCACAAAAUGAAGGGCACUGUUGCCGAAAAGGUUCUGCCAGAUCUCUUUGUUGGAAAAACUAAAACAUACAUUUCCUGCAUCAAUGUCGACUAUGAGUCUUCCCGCGUGGAAGAUUUCUGGGACAUCCAACUCAAUGUCCGAGGCAACAAGACCUUGGACGACAGCUUUAAAGAUUACAUUCAGGUCGAGACGCUGGAGGGCGAGAACAAGUACGAAGCCGGGGCACCUUACGGUCUGCAAGACGCCAAGAAAGGUGUCAUUUUCGAGAGCUUCCCUCCGGUUCUGCACCUUCACCUCAAACGAUUCGAGUACGACCUCAACCUGGAUAUGAUGGCCAAGGUCAACGAUCUUCACACAUUUCCCAUGGAAUUCGAUGCUGCUCCUUAUCUUUCAAAGGGCGCCGAUAUGUCGGAGUCGUGGGUUUACCAACUGCACGGCGUCCUCGUCCACAGUGGUAAUCUUGAUGCCGGACAUUACUAUGCCUUCCUGAAGCCGACCAAGGAUGGACACUGGUACCGUUUCGACGAUGACCGAGUCAACCGCGCAACCGACAAGGAGGUUUUGGAUGAGAAUUACGGCGACUCCCAACAACGCACAAAUGGGUCUGGUGGCCGUGCUGCAAUUCGCACAAACAACGCUUACAUGUUGGUUUAUGUACGGAAGACGAGACAGGACGAUGUAUUUUUCCCGGUCACAAAGGACGAUGUGCCCUCUCACAUUGAGCAGCGUCUGUCCGAGGAUCGUGCCGAGAUGUUGCGUCGGAAGAAGGAGAGAGAAGAGGCUCAUCUCUACAUGAAUGUUGGUGUUUUGAACGACGAUGAAUUCAAGUCUCACCACGGCUUUGAUUUGACCAGCACCGACCUGCCUGCAGAAGAUCCGGCACUUCCCAAGCAGUACAAGACCCUUCGGACAAAGAAAGUCAGCGAGUUUGCGCAGCUCAUCGCCGAAGAACGGGGUCUCAAUGCAGAGUCCAUUCGAUUCUGGGUCAUGGUUAACCGCCAAAACAAGACAACCCGACCUGAUCAGGUAAUCCGCGAUCAAUCAAUGACUCUUGAGGAUGCGUACACCAAAUUCGGCACCAAGGGUCAAAUCUUCCGGCUGUGGAUGGAAGUCGCACCAGCCGUUACCAGUGGACAGCCUACGUCAUGGCCUGACAACGAGUCGAUCCUCAUUUUCCUGAAAUGCUUUGACAUUGUGGCCCAAACUUUGACUGGUGUCAGCUCUGUUUAUGUUCGCAAGAGUCAAAAAGUGAGUGAGCUGGCCCCAAUCAUCCUUUCCAAGAUGGAUUGGCCUGCUGGAACAGAGUUCACGCUCUUUGAAGAGAUUAAGCACAACAUGAUCGAUGUUAUGAAGCCUAAGCAGACUUUCCAACAAUCUGAGAUCCAGGAUGGCGACAUUAUCACCUUCCAACGUUCGGUCAAGGAAUCAGAGGUGCCAGCUUCUGCAAUCUACACCGAUGCUCGCCAAUUCUACGACUACCUUCUGAACCGCAUGGAAGUUACAUUCGCUCCGAUCAAGGCCAACGAAGGCGAUGAGUUUACCUUGGCUCUUAGCCGCAAGAUGACCUACGACCAAUUCGCAAAGAAGGUCGGAGAGCAUCUCAAGGUGGACGCGACUCAUCUUCGAUUCGCACCCGUAAUGCAAAGCACUGGCAAGGCCAAGCCUUUCCUCAAGCGGACUGUUCCUCAGAAUCUCGCUCAAAUUCUCACUGGUCAGUACGGUGCCUACGGUUACACCAUGCACCGGUCAGAUGCCUUGUACUACGAGAUUCUGGAUAUGAGUUUGAGUGACUUUGAGAGUAAGAAAUGCUUCAAGGUGACAUGGCUUCCAGAUGGUGUGAGCAAAGAGGAGAAUAUUGAAGUCCUGGUUUCUCGCAGCGGUACAGUUGUGGACCUUAUUUCUGCUAUUCAGCAGAAGUUAGACCUGGGCGACGAGCGAAUUCGCGUUGCUGAAACUCACAGUGGAAAGGUUUACAAGGAACUUCUGCAAGAUCAGGGCGUGGCUGCUAUCAACGAAUAUGCCACGCUCUACGCUGAGAAGAUUCCGACAGAAGAGCUGAACAUGAAUGCCGAUGAACGUGUGAUCAGCGUUUACAGCUUUGAUCGCGAGCCCAACCGCACUCAUGGAAUCCCCUUCAAGUUUGUUGUGAAGCCCGGAGAGCUCUUCGCAGAGACCAAAAAGCGGCUUUCCGCCCGCACACAGAUCAAGGGGAAGAGCUUUGAAAAGAUCAAGUUCGCUGUGGUUCCCCGGGCAUCGUUCUCCAGCCCUAAGUAUCUCGAAGAUGGUGAUAUAUUGUCCGAUGUAGCAAGUGGUGCCGAUGACUUCCUGGGUCUUGAUCAUGCCAACAAGAGCCGGAGCUUUUGGGGAAAGAGCGAUGGAUUUUCCAUUCGAUGUACUCUAGCUUUCAUGGAGUAUGAAAGGCAGAUGCAUGGGGAAGUUUGUUUGGUGCAAACACUGCAAACAGCGGAAGGCAAAGCUGGCCAUAACCACCUCCUGACGCGAAUAUCAACCAUAUCCCCAAAGAACAUUCGGUAUAUCCUCACGAUGCGGUUCGCACUUUUCGCCGGCCUGGCAUCUUUGGUCUCAUCAGUAACCGCCACCGCCUUGACCUACAGACUCGAGGCCAACGAAAAGGCAUGUUUUUUCACAAACGUUGAUCAAAGCAACGCCAAGUUGGCCUUCUACUUCGCGGUGCAAUCCGGCGGAUCCUUCGAUGUCGACUACUCCGUGACCGCACCGGGCGGCAAGAUCGUGCUGGAUGGCACAAAGGAACGUCAGGGCGACUUCGUCUUCACAGCGCAGAGCAUCGGCGAAUACACCUUCUGCUUCAACAACGAGAUGUCCACCUUCGCCGAGAAGAUGGUCGACUUCGAGAUCGCGGUCGAGAACGAGCAACGCGCUCAACUUCCUUCCCGACAGGGUGCCAGCCCCGAACAGACCUCCAGCCUGGAGGAAUCCAUCUACAAGCUCUCCGCUCAGCUUUCGACCGUCUCCCGUAACCAGAAGUACUUCCGUACCCGUGAGAACCGAAACUUCAGCACAGUGCGGAGUACCGAGCGUCGGAUCUUCAACUUCAGUGUCAUUGAAUCUUUGAUGAUGGUUUCAAUGGCCGCGCUCCAAGUCUUUGUUGUGCGAUUCUUCUUCCAAGGUGCCCGGAAAGGUUACGUCUGA